GCGAUAAGACGCCAUACCACAUGCGUCUGAAUAAUAUUUGAAAUGUUUUCGUAAUAUUCAAAAAUUUCGUCAACCGUCUUCGGUAGAUUAUUUUUUGGUACCGUUUGGAUUCUAGACAUGGCGAAAUCGAGACGUUCGACGGGAGCGGUAAUAAAAUACCGUACAUGCGACACCUGCAAAUCGACGUUGUACUUUACCGACUUAGAGGCACAUUUCUCAGACUACUGCCCUCCGAAAACUGAAAACUGGUCUCAGGCAUACGUGAGCGAUGGUCGUCGUUUUUACUCGUACGCAAAACAGUACACAAAAGGUACCCUUUUAGUCAUAUAUUUUUUAAAAAAUUGCAGAUCAUAAUACUUAAUUUAUAGUUUAUGGUUAUGUUGUAGAUGACGAAUACGCGGUUGGUGAUGAUAGUGUUGUAGUUCCCAUAGCAGCCAUUCAGUUGUGUGGUUUUGUACUUGGUGAACCGGUUAUCGUGAGGUGUGGUCCCAAAACAUUUGUAAAACACAUUUGGCCGUCAGACGAUUUAUCCCUUUCAAAUGUGUACUUCUCUAAAGAAGGUUGUUACUCAAAAAUACAAAUAAAUAAUAAUAUUAAUUUUAAUUCAAAUUUAUUGUUUUUUGUUUUACAACCAUCAAUAUUUAUAUUAUUAUAGUUUUCACAUUAGAAUUUGAUCAGUUGGUACAUAUUUCUAUAGAACGUUUCAAAAUUAUUCCUAGUGAAGCUCAAAAUAUUGAAAUAUCUUUGUCUAGCAAUGUUCAGUUUCUGGGCAAAGAAUUUGUACGCCAUUUAUUGACUCAUGUUUCCAAUAAAUAUGAAGGACGAAUCAUCAAACAUUCUGACUUCUUGUGUUUUGAGUUUUAUGGUCGUAAUCUAUCUUUAGAAAUAUCCAAAAUACAAACAUUUCCCAAUAUCGAACUUAAUGAACAAUUACAGAAUAUGAAUAUAAAUGAUGACGAAGAAAAAUUUGUUCAUAUUUCAUCUUCUACCACUUGGAGUAUAAAAAAAAAUCCCAAUGAAGAUACUGUAAAUUACCCAAUAUCCAAUGUUGGUGGAUUGUCUGAUAUUUAUGAAAAAGUAAUUAACAUUAUACAAAAAUCGAAAUAUCAAAGUAAGCAUAGUAGUGCUUUAGUAUAUCAACCAAAUAAUUAUUGUUUAAUAUGAACAUUUGUUUUUUAGAUGUGUCUGGAAUACUUUUUUAUGGUAUUUCUGGAACUGGAAAAACAUUGUUAGCAAAAACAAUUGCUUAUUCAUUAAAAAGAUAUGUAGUUGAAAUUAAAGGUUGGGAAAUUUUAAGCAAGAUAUAUGGACAGUCUGAAACUAAAUUGAAACUGUUUUUUGAAGAAGCAAUUAUUAAUUCACCUAGUGUUAUCCUAAUUGAUAAACUUGAAAUAUUAAGCAAAUCCAAUGAUUCUUCAGACCUUGAAAGGAGGAUUAUUAAUACAGUGCAAAAUCUUUUCGAUCUACUGAAGUCAACAAAACAUAAAGGAGUUGCCGUAAUAGGUACUACUAGCAAUUUAAGUUCUAUCGAUAGCAAUUUACGUAGACCUGGAAGGUAUGUUUAAUAUAUACAUAAUGCACCUCAUACUAUUUUUAUCACAUAAUCUCAAUGUUCAAAAACAACUUUAUUUUAAACUUAGGUUUGACUAUGAAAUUGAAUUACCAGUUCCAAAUGAAAUUCAUCGUGAAGAUAUUUUAACAAAACAAUUAUCAUGCAUUAAUCAUGAAAUAAGUGAAGAAGAAAUAGCUUUAAUUGCAUAUCGAGCUCAAGGAUUUGUGGGAGCCGAUUUAUUAGCUGUAGUUAACCGCGCACUCACUGAAGCAGCAAUUAAUAACAAAAAUGUCACUUAUAAGCAUCUUUGUACUGCUGUUACACAAGUAAAACCUUCAGCAAUUAAAGAAGUGUCGGUUCAAGUGCCCAAUGUAAGUUUUUAACAUAAAUCAUUGACAGUACCUGUGUUAAAUCUAUUAUUAAUUAUAACUUAAGGUUAAAUGGACAGAUAUAGGUGGGCAAGACGAUAUAAAAUUAAAACUCAAACAAGUCGUUGAAUGGCCUCUUAAACAUCCAGAAGCUUUUAAGCGCAUGGGUAUUACCCCUCCGCGUGGUGUUUUACUUUACGGGCCUCCUGGUUGUUCUAAAACAAUGAUUGCCAAAGCUGUGGCAACAGAGAGCCACUUUAAUUUCAUUUCGGUAAAAGGACCAGAACUUUUCAAUAAGUAUGUUGGGGAAUCUGAACGCGCUGUCCGAGAAACUUUUAUGCGAGCUAGAAAUGUGGCUCCUUGUGUUGUGUUUUUUGACGAAUUGGAUGGUUUAGCAGGGGAAAGAGGGACCGGAGAUAGUGGUUCUAGUGGAGUUCACUCAAGAGUUUUGGCCCAACUAUUAACAGAGUUGGAUGGAGUUCAACCCUUAGGAAAUGUCACAAUUUUGGCUGCGACUAAUAGACCGGACCUCAUAGAUUCUGUAAUUAUAAUUUUUGAUAUUCUUUAAAAUUUUAUUUGAAAAUUAAUGUUUAUUUUUUUUUUUAUUAGGCUCUUUUGAGACCUGGGAGAUUAGAUCGUAAAGUUUAUGUUCCAUUACCAAAUAGUACUACACGUUUAGAGAUAUUGAAACUUAAGCUUUCAAAAAUGCCAACCUCGACUGAUGUAGAUAUAAAUAAAUUGGUUGAGCUCUCUGAAAACUAUUCUGGUGCUGAAGUAGGUUAAAACUUAUAUUGGUAUGUUUUUUAUAAACUAAUUUUAAUAAUAUCAUGAAUAGGUAAUAUCAAUCUGUCAUGAAGCUUCAUUGAAAGCUAUGGAAGAAGAUAUAAAUGCAGAUAAAGUAGAAAUGCGUCACUUUGAAGUAUCAUUUCAAUCAUUAAGUCCUCAAACACCAUUGUGGUUAUUAAAAAUAUAUGAUAAAUUUUCUGGAAUCCAAAGGUAACAAAACAAUGUUUAUUGAUUAAAAUUAAUUUCAUAGAAAUAAUUUUAAGGCGCUUAAAUGCUUACAUAGUAGUUAAUAUAACAAAUUAUGAGACACAGUGACAUAGGGAAGAUGCACAAAUGGGGAAGUGAAUCUAGACUACAUUAAUGGAAUGUCCUUCACUAUGGCAGUCAACAAUGUUUUUUCAGUCGAAUUUGUCUCUCAGUUUUCCUUUGAAUAGUACAGGCAUUAAUGAUAAAGUAGCAAAUACUGCUAAAAGUAAUAUGGAAGACCAUGACCACAAACUGGUUGUAGAAGUGAGCUCGUGUAGGGUUUUUCCAGCUUGUACAGCCAGUACAGAUGGAACUGCUACUCCUAGAAUUUAAAAACAAAUAUGUUAAACUAUAUUAAAUACGGGAGAUAAUAAUAUUAUUUUUAUUUUUACAAGUUGAUUGUCACAAAACCAAAACUCUAUGUAUGCGUCUAAAUUUCUCUGAACUCAUUGGACCCAAUUUAAUUUAAUCUAACCUUGAGUCACCAAUUGUGACUUACUAACUCACUUUCAAAGUUAUAAUUUGAAUUUAUAUAUUAAUAUAUAAUUACUUUUUAUCUCUCAAAUACUAUUUUAAUAAUCAGUAUUUGAUAAUAUUAUAAGUAUAUAAUAGAAGUACCUAGUUGAAAAGUAUGACGAUAAAGAUGAAUUUAAGUAUAUUUUAUAACUAAUAAAAAUGUAUUAUAAAUAAUUAUAUUAAAAGAAGUUUUGUUGAAUUUGUAUCGAUUUUAUUCAGAGUUUGUAUUUGUUGUUUGUUUAGUAAAGAACACUAUAAUACUAAAUUGAAUACCCAAUAUUGUAGAGUACUAAUUUUUGGAAAGAAAACUUAAUUACUAUGUAUCAUGAUAAAGAUAACAAGUAUGCAUUAAGAAUAUUGUUGAAGUUGUUUUAAAUACCUAUUUUUUUAAAUGAUUUCUGUUUAAGAAACAUAUAUAUUACUUUGGGUAGACAAAAGAUAUUAGCUAAUCCAUACACAUUUUAUUUGAUUGUAGAAUAAUUUUUAUUUGUAUGAUAAAUUAAUUUAAUUUAAUUGUUAUUAAAAUAAUAACCCAGUUUUGAUUUAUUAUAUUAAAAAAACUGAAUUCAAUCAAACGUAAAAACUAAAACUUUAUCAAGAUAGAAAAAAAAAAGAGUAAAAUUUAUGAUUACAAUAUUUUGUUUAAUCAUUAAUGUUAUAAACUGAGAAAAAGUCAGAUUUGUGAUUUAAAAAAAAAAAUCUAUAAAUCUAAUAUUUUACAUAUAAAUUGUUAAAUAUUUACCAAAAAAUGUUCCCGCCCAAAAUGGUACCAGCGGAACAUCAACUAAAGGUGCGCAUACAUUUAUAAACCAAUUAGGCAAAAACGGAGUUAUUCGUAGAAACAUAAUAUAACUAAACAUGUUGUCAUUGUGUUUUUUCACCUGGUAAAAAAAAAAAAAACCAUUAAUUCGUCUAAUUUAUUUCUAAUACAUAUGUCUGUCACUUACUAAAUUUGCAUAAGUCUUAAUUCUGUCCGGAAAAUAUCUGUAUGCUAAUCGCCUUCCAAUUGUCAUAGAUAAUAGAUAACAGAAACAAGCACCCAUCGCUGAACAGAAACAGAUGAUCCCUAAUGCUAAUAAAAAUGGAUAUAAAAAUCCACAUAAAAUUGACAACGAUAUUGAACCAGGUAUUGCAAAUGUCUGCAAACUAUAUUUUUGGGUUAUAGUUAAAGUGAAAUUUAAACAAUUGGAAGAUGUCAAUAUUAGGUAACAGUGAACAUUUUAUUUUAAAACUAAUUAAAAGGAUACAAUAUAUAACAGAAUAAAAUUGACGUAAAUACUUGACUGUAAUAUGUAUCUUUAUAAUGUUCCAAAACAUUACCUAAAUUCUGUGCAUCUUGGAUAUUAAAUGGAAUUUUAAUAUAUUGUUUUUCUUCCCUGAAAAUAAUAAAUAUUAUGUUGUAAACAUUUUAUUUUAUUUUAAUUAAUAAAAUGUAGGUAUUAUUUACUCAGUUAAUUCUGGAAAGUUAUAAUAUAAAUAUGCUAAAGUAAAUAACGCCGCUAAAAAUAUAACCACCAAAGCAACUACUGCUUUUGUGGUAGACAUUGUUUGGUCGUUUUCUACCUUUGUUGGUUUAAUAGACAUAGUUUCGUCCAUGGUAGACACUGAAAUCAAAUAAUAUCAUUGUCAUUAAUCAAUGUUAUGUAUAUAUUUUUUUUUUCAGCUGAAUUGUUAUUGUUCAUCAUCAAAACAUCAUUAUUUAAUGUAGUAUAACGCAUAUAUUAAUGUAAUAAGUAUAUAUUUUAUUCAAACAGUAACCAGUUGAUUUUGUAUAACAUUAUUGUUGUUUAAUUAAUAUUUAAUUACCUGAUUCGUUUUGUACAUCUUGAUGCUCAGCCAUAUUUUGUUGUGUUAUAUGACCUAAUAAUAAAAUGAAUGAUAUUCGUUAUUAAUCGACCAAUAAUUUUUAUGUGGAUAAAAGAAAAUACUAUUUGAUAAUCGACGACAUUGUUUUAAUAUUUUUUAAAUUAUACACGAAAUACAAAAAUGUCCGUAACAUGAUCUCGUUUUUGACUCGAUUUUUUUUUUUGUUGCUCCCAGAUUGACAAUAAUGUGAUAAAUGAUAAUGCAUAAUGCAUUGACGUUAUCUCAAUUUAGUUCUUACCUGAAUCAAAAUAGUUUGAUAAGAAAUGCAAAUUUCCGUUUUGUAUUGCUAUAAUAUUGUCAAGAGAUUGCGAUUUCACUUUCGCACACUACCUACUACUAAUAUCUAUAUUCUGUACGGUUUUAGUUGUUUUACGCGUGUCAAGCACGUCAUACCGAGUAAAAAAAAAAUAAUAUAAACGACCUAUGACGAAGACCUUAUCAUUCAGCGGACCCGAACUGUUUGGAACGAUAUCUGAUGUGGUAUUUUUAGUUCUUUAUUCCUACCUACCGAAAAAAUAAUAACAAGUGUACAUUAAUUAUUUAGAGAGCCUAUUGUUAUAUUUAUUCAAAUAUAUGUAUGGGUUUCGAACGAAAACAAAACAAUUUAACCAGAAAGCCAGAUCAAACCUACGUGGUACAUGGAAUAUCUUGGCUGGAUACCGGUGGGCGGGGUCUAUGUCUGCUCCAGUGUGUGUAUUAUAAUUAUGUUUAAAAAUAAUUAAAAAAACUAUACCCAUGUAUUAUUAUUAUCUUAGUCCUUGUAAAGUAAAUCCGACAAUAAUGUAUCCGAUCAAAAUAUAUAAUAAACAAUAGUGUAGUAAUUACAUUCGAGAAUAAAAC